AUGCGGAGAACAUCCCCCUCAGCAGGUCAGCCAGCGGAAGUGAUACUGGAGAAUCCGACGGUGGUGCAGAAUGCGGAGCGCAAGAUGAGCUUCCCGGCAAACGUGACGGCGGGCAAAGAGAAGGUCAAGGGCAGUCGGCGGAGAAGGAGUAGCAGUCUGAUGUACCAGGAGCCGCCUGAGAGUCUUGAGCAGCAGAGCGAUCAGGCGGUGCUGCCCAACCUGAAUGCGCAGUGGGUGAAUGCGAAGGGCGCCUGGCUCAUCCACAUCAUCUGCAUCCUCCUCCUCAAAAUCCUCUACGACAUCAUCCCCUCCAUCUCGCAAGAGACCAGCUGGACGCUCGUCAACACCACCUACAUGUUCGCCACCUACCUCAUGUUCCACUACGUGCGCGGCAUCCCUUUCGAGUUCAACGCCGGCGCCUACGACAACCUCAACAUGUGGGAGCAGAUCGACAACGAGGACCAGUACACCCCCGCGAAGAAGUUCCUGCUGGCCGUACCGAUAUGUCUGUUCUUGGUGAGCACGCAUUAUACGCGGUAUGAUUUGGUGCUGUUUGUGGUGAAUCUGUUGGCCACGGCCGCGGUGGUGGUACCGAAGUUGCCUGCGCUCCACCGCAUGCGCUUCUCCUUCUUCAACCCGGACCUCGAGCACUCCGAGUCCGACCACCGAUGA